AUUUCUUGUCCUUGACGUGUUCUCCGGAUGACUGUGAAUUUUCUUGACUUCUGCAGUUGUCACAAGGUUUUGUCUAUUCCAAAAUGGCUCUGAUGGCCUAGCGGCCUCAUGAUGGGCGUCGGGUGUCAUGGGAAAGCUCGACGUAUUGGUGCUCAACCUCCAUCUCCACCAGGGCCCUUGGACUGGAGGCGUCUGGCCAAAACUACCUCUCCAGCCUGCGCCGCCGCCGGGCAGUCCGGUUCCAGCGCCGCCUCCUUCUCCCAUGUCAGAUGGCCGCCAGCGAAGAGCUCGGCUUGCCCGGGCGGUGUCCCUGGUGCUCUCCAUCCCUGUCGCUGCCGCUGCCGCCGCUCCCGUCGCCGCCGCUCGUCGUCUCACGCUUCCUAAUCCACACCCAGAUCACGUCUGCCGCGAGCGUGACGCCCGUCAACGCGGCCCCCAUGCCAUUGCUGGCUGCCGCCCCGGCCGACAGGCCCCCUCGCCUAGCGUUCGCUGAGCGCGGGGGCAGAAGCGGUGCCCGGAGCCGCACCGCCGCUGCUGGUGUUGCUUGAUGAUCGCGUUGGGAGAGUGCCGAACGUUGUCCUCGACCUUGUCGUCCGGGAUGCGAGGUCGGAUGGCUGAUGGUUGAGCUGGAACAUGGGUGGCAGCAGGAACAUCUUGCGUGAUCUUGUCGAUACGGUCGACUUGAUGAGUCGCGGCUGACGAUUACCGAUCCGGAGCCCUGCGCCGUGGAGGCAGUGAUUUGGCUGCCCAUGGUCGCCAACGCGAAGCACGUGUUGCCUUCAUGUUGGUGCAACGGAAGCCGCAGGCCGGUCGAGGAGUACCCUGUUCCGAGUUAUGGAGGGUCUGGUGUUCCAGCUCGACUGAUCACCGGCAUGCCCGCACGUUGUGGUGUCCAAUACCUGCCCUAUUCCGCGAGUCAAGGCACAUCCCUGGCCUCGGAAGCCUGUAACACAGAAGGGGCAGUUCAGCAGGUGGAUGCUGCAGUCGGCUGGCAUGGUCCAUGAUGUUGUUAAUGGGCCCAGGAAGGUGCCGGUUCUCGACCUCUUUUAUGACACGGGCAAGGACUUGCUACAUAGGACUGCGGCCCGCCGGCGGAACAUG